UUCAAAACGUCAGUCAAAAUUAUCUGUAAACCGCUCCGUUCUGCGCAGAACAGCGAAAAACAAAGCACAAUCCUGGGAACAUACAAAACUAUGAAUGAACUGAAGACUUGUUUACGAUAUUUUACUUCCUUGAGUCACGCUCUAAUGAUUUUGAUGUCUGUGACGUAAUAUAUUAGCUUUGGACAAACAACCGCAAAGCCAAAACUGUUUUGGUAGAUUUGGUGAUAAAAACUCUACCAGUUAAGUUUUAAUUAUAGAGCGAAUACUUGGACCAAUUAAAUAUAUUUUACAUGUCUCUGGGGACGGUGUCAUAUUUACAAAUUAUAUUCAUAUUAUUUAUUUGUCGCCAUGACAGCAAAACAUUUAAUUAAAUAAAUGUUUUCAAUCAUUGUUUGGUAAUCACAUAAUUUAAGGCAGAAACAAAUGACCAGUCAUGUCAGGCUUUUAGUGAAAAUAUUACUAAAACAGUUUUGCCUACCUGGUUUCAAUGACGAAGUGUGGUUUACCACACUCCAAAUGUAUUUUGUCUUUGUAUUUGUCAAACGUUUAUAUUGCAGUAUACAGAAGAAUCAUAGUGCAGUUUCCAAAAAUCAGUCGAGAAAAACAGUUUCAUUUGUUGAUAUGCCUUUAGUUGAUUCAGACACAGCCAGGCAAAACAAACAGAACCGUAAACAGGAUUUUCCCAGAAGAAGGCCCUGUAGUUCCCGCUGUUCCCAGAACCUAACUUGGUUUGUUCGUCGACGAAUCGGAAAAACAACAAGAGCAAUGCGAUGUGUUGCAGUACACAACGAAGAAACAUUUCAGAAGACAGAGACGAUUCACUCUUUGUUGGACAAUGUUUCUUCGCAAGAACCACGUAAUAGCAGACUUGCGCUAAAGCCCGACAAAUAUACAAAAACAAAAGCUCAAAUUCGACAACAAGAGAAACAACUAAUCAGCGCUCCAUCAGAUACGAUUGAACACGACAUCACUAAAUUUGCUCCUAACUUCGAUCGCUUUCAGUCGAACGAAUUAAAACUAACCAAAAAGAAAAGCCAAGGGGAUAUGAUUAGCAUGAAAUACGGAUUUGAGCUGCCCAAUGUAGGUGACAUGAUCUUGAGCAAAUAUGAACAUCCGCAAUCGAACAACAACCAUAAACCUGAAGAAGAAACGACAACAAUUCAGCAAUCUAAAUCCCAAGAAAGAAAUAUCCAUAUAAAGAAGAGGCUGUUGACAGAAGCAAAGGAGAAUGAAAUUAUGCGAAAUCAGAGCGGGGGUCUUGCUUUUGAACACCACCACUUGCAGCGCUAUAGCAGAGCAUACCGUGACGUCAUUGAACGGGUAAAAGCCGCCAUGAAAAUCCGAUACAACGGAAUGCUUCUGCGUUUACCGAACUCAAAAGAAAUAAAAAGAAAGCAAUUGUGCUAUGAUUGUGCGACCAAUGCUCAUAAAGAAUACACCAUUGCUGGUCUUAAUUCUAACAUACAGUUUCACGGCAUACUGAGUGCAAGUUGUGGUUUUAAUCAAUCCUGUCCUAUUGUUCAAACAAUUAACAGUCGAUUUCAUGAUCUUCGGCUAAACAAAUGUGUUUCAAUUUCCGAAAAAGCUGAUAAAAUGGAGAAAGUAUUAAAUCUCGUUCUACAGGACAUGUACAGCAAAACCUACUUAAAUCGAGGACAGUUAAAAAGUGAAACUUAUCGCACUGCUGUUUUGUAG